UACGGCGGCGCGAGGCGGACCCGGGGUAUUGUCCGACUCCGGCGGCGGCGGUCGGUGCUGCGAGAGCGGCGGCGGCGGCGCGGGGCGGCAGUGGGAGGUCGCGCGGCCGAGACCAGGCAGAGUCGGCGACAAGACCAUGGCUGGAGGCAAAGCUGGAAAGGACAGUGGGAAAGCUAAGGCUAAGGCAGUGUCUCGCUCACAGAGAGCUGGGCUACAGUUUCCUGUGGGCCGCAUCCACCGACACUUGAAGACUCGCACCACAAGCCAUGGAAGGGUGGGUGCUACUGCUGCCGUGUAUAGUGCCGCAAUUCUGGAGUACCUCACUGCUGAGGUGCUGGAGCUGGCAGGUAAUGCUUCCAAGGAUCUCAAAGUAAAACGUAUCACUCCACGUCACUUGCAGCUUGCAAUCCGCGGUGACGAAGAAUUGGAUUCUCUUAUCAAGGCUACCAUAGCUGGAGGUGGCGUGAUCCCUCACAUCCACAAAUCUCUGAUUGGAAAGAAGGGACAGCAGAAAACUGCUUAGAGGAUUGCUUUGACCAACCGUCUUCCUGCCCGUCAUUGUACUGUAACUGGGACAGAAGAAAUAAUGGGGAUAUGUGGAAUUUUUAAAAACAGUUAAAUGAAAAAGCAUAGACAAUUACUGUAGACAUAAAAGAAACAUUUGUACGUUCUUAGACUCGAAGUUUGAUAAAAGUACCUUUUCAUGUGGUGACAGUUGUAUGUUGAUUGGCUAGGUUUAUCCCACGUGUUUUAUACAAAAAUAGAAUUGAUAAACCAUUUUUUACAAAAUUAA